GUCUGGCAGUAUUGCGCUUGACAGCGCGCAGAACGGACCCAGCGGCGAUUCUGUCACUUCUCGAGGGUCUGAGAACCGCGAUUUCGACGCGUUGUUCGAUCUUCGUUGUCAAUCGGACACGCAGACAUAACAAUUCUUAACGAUAAUCCCGUAUCACGUAAAAUCUUGACAUCCGAGUGUCUACGUCUCGCGAUCCUUCGUUUCGUGAAUUGAAUAGAUUUGAAUUAGAAUUUAUUAAUAAGAAUCUUGCAGUUUGAUUUUCAAACGGAAACAACAGAAAAGAAAAAGAAAAUAAAAACAAAGGGGAUAGAAAAUUUGCAAAUUCCGAGUUGAACAAAGAGUGCGAAGAAUCGGAUUUGGUGAAGAAUUUGAGAGGCGAUUUUAAAAAAUUGGAAAGUAGGCCGUCCUCGUGGUUGGCCGAGAAUCUCUGAACGACGAAUUGCUUGAUGUCUCUACUUCCUGGUAUUGAAUGGUGGACGAAUUGGGAAUAAAAAGCAUGCAACGGUGACGUUGUGUAGUUAAAAAAAAUAUGCGUGGUGCUUGAUGCCAUUCUCAAUAUUUGACUGGAAGCAUACGCUGUUAUUACUUACGAAACUCUUGCACACGACUGAUCGUUCGUCGAAAACGACAAAAUGAUGCUGAUCAAGAGUUUCUUCCGGAGGAUCAUCAAAGACUUCCGGCACAAGGAGUUGCUACCUCUUAAAAUGAUAUUCUUCGUUCAAGCAUCGACGCUUUAUGUACUUUAUCCAUAUUUGACGAUACACAUGAGGGAGCUUGGCAUAAACGUGGAAGAAACUGCCAUAAUGAGCGCCAUAACGCCAGUGAUCGCAAUGGUGAUGCCACCCUUGGCUGGAAUGUUCGCCGAUCGCGUGGGAAAUUUCAAAAUCUUAUUAUCUCUGUUCUCAUCGUUUGGCGGAGUCGCGGCCCUUUUAUUGCUGCUCGUGCCGAUCGGUAGGAUAACAGUGGAAUUUCCAGACAGAGUCGUUAUGGACCUCGGCUGUACAGGGAAUAAUGGGUUGCUUUACACCAUGAGCGAAAAUCAUCCUUGCGAGACCAGCUUGCAGUCCAAGAUCUCCACAAGGAUAGAGAGUUGCGGUUACAUGUGUCGUCUAGACGUUCGUAAUGACACCGAAGUGCAGUCAAUUUUGUCGUCAAGGCUGUACACGAUUAAACGAUACAACAUGGAAACUGGCGCGAAUUCUUCGUUCAGGUUUUCGAUUGCUCAGGACGAAUUGCCACAGGAAAUAGAAGAAGACCUAAGGGAGCACCGGAAACUAAAGAACAACGAGUACUUCAGGACGUCGAUUCGUCAACUGUAUGCAAACGAGUACUUCUUUCCAUCGAAUCGACUGUACGAGUUUUCAUGCACCGUGUCGGGAUUUAUCGAAGAUUUCGAAAUAUCGACCCUAGAACCUGCCAUGUCGAACAGAAUAUACGAGAACCGAACUCUCUGCACUUUCAAUCCGGUUAUAUCACGAGAGGACAAUGCCAGUCGAACGACGAAUUAUCAUUCGUACAAAUCGAAGUUGAAAACGUUGGAAGCCACGGACGAAGAUUACGGGAUGAAACGACGAAGAUACCUAUCGGAAGAAAUCGCGUGGACAGGAAACGAAUUUCAAAAGAUCACUUGUGGGAAUCCUGAUCUGGAUACAGACAGGAUAUCUGUGACUCUACCACUUUUUAAUUACUCCGUCAGCUCCGAGCCUUACAAGAUCCUAAACGCGGAAGACUGCGGCAAAAGAUGUAUCGUCACUGCGCCUCGUAAGGAGAUGUGCACGAACAAGAAGACAGUGAUCGAAUACAACAUAGGAGUAACUUUCUGGAUGUAUUUCGCCAUUAGAGUAUUUAUCGGUGUCAUCGGUGGAACUACGUUCGCUAUGUUCGAAGGUGCGGUGAUCGCUAUAUUGCGCGAACAAAAGGCCGAUUAUGGUCUUCAAAGAAUUUAUGGCAGUAUCGGUGGCAUGAUUUCGUCGCCACUGUCUGGCCUGCUUAUCGAUUACGCGAGCACUGGCAAAGAGUACACGGACUUCAGGCCAGCGUUUUAUUUGUACGCAGGCUUGAAGCUUAUCUCAGGACUGUUAAUGCUCGCCAUUAAUUUGGAAUUCAAGUCACCGUCUACAAAUGUGGUUCGCGACGUUUUCACCGUGCUAAGGAACAUCGAGGCCGCGGCUCUCUUUAUCGCCUGUUUCAUUCUCGGCACCGCUUGGGGAUACAUCGAAUCGUUCCUCUUUUGGUUGAUACAAGAUUUAGGAGGAUCAAGAUCACUCAUGGGCAUCACCAUAACCGUAGGCGGUAUUGCCGGUAUACCAUUACUGGUACUAUCUGGUCCAAUCAUAUCAAAGAUCGGCCAUGCCAAUGUACUUUUUAUAGGCUUCGUUUUUUACGCCAUAAGACUUUGCGGAUACUCCUUGAUAUACAAUCCUUGGCAUACUCUUAUUUUCGAAGCGUUAGAAUCUGUCACCUUGUCACUUAGUUUCACCGCCGCUGUUACUUACGCAGCGAAAUUAUCCACUACGACCACUGACAGUUCGAUACAGGGAUUAUUAGGCGGAGUUUAUUACGGAGUCGGCAAAGGUUCAGGAAGCUUGAUCGGUGGAUAUCUAAUGAAAGCCUUUGGCACUCGACCAACCUAUCGAAUCUUCGCAAUGAUAACUCUCAUCACCGGUAUAAUGUACUACAUCUUCAACGUGGCUUACCUGAAAAAGCAGCCACAAGUGGAAGGUAACGACAUCGUGAAGAAAAAGCCGAAGAACCUCGGCAAUCAAAACGGUGUUGAAAAUGGCAUCAUCGAGAUCGCUUUGGAGGAAAAGAAAGGCGCGAAAUACGACGAUGAUAAGAACGAAUCGAGCAAUCUAACCGGAAUCGACAAUCAGGCUUUUAGCAAGGAAGAAACGGAUAAUCGAAAGACGAACAAUCUGGAAGCUAUCAAUAACGCGAAGAAUCUUGACAAAAUCGAAAAAAUGCCAUCCGAAACGAGUAAGAAGUUCGGUGUGAAGAGGUUGAAAAGGAUGCAAACCGACGAACGUGAUCGAGCGAAGGAAUGCUCGAAGCAGAACGGCGCGACGAAUCAAAGCUUUGAGAACGAUCAAUUUAGGUGUAACGUCACCGUAGAGAGACAACCGGAAGACAAGAAGUGACGAAGUUGCACCAGAGAUCUCGAUACUCUUUCCUUUCUUCGUUCUUUAUCGCGAAACCACCUUUGUACCAUCGGACAGGUAUAAUAUAGAAAUGCGAACGUAAUCUGGCCCGUGUACGGAAAUUUCACACUGUUCAAGUUUCUACACGUUGCUCGUUAGCGAAGGUUGCCGAGUUAAAGAUGGAUUGGUGUUGUUGGGAAUUAUUCGAGUCUAGUUAAUAUCUGCACAAAAUUCAAGAAAUUCCGGUGAUCGUUGUCGAUUUCGUCUGAAAGAAAAGAAAUGUAAUUUACAUAUUUCUAUAAUACGAAGUAUUGAAAGUUAUAAGUUAUAGCAUGAUCCAGCGACUGCAUUUUUGUAAUAAUUAAAAGAAUAAUUGUUUGUACUUGUACUGCACCAUCGAAUAUCCUUUGGAGUACAUAAUCGUUUUUUGAACUAAAUCUAAACACUCGAAUGGUCCGAUUUAAAUCCCAAUUGGAGAAGAAAACGAUAUUACUUAGGAAAAUUUCAUAAGAAGAUUUAAGCACAUUAGAUAAAAGUAUGCUAUAAAUAAAUGUAUUGUUAAUGAUCGUAUAUGGUAUAUGAUCGAAUUUAAGGUAGUGAUUGAAUUUGUUACUGUUGGAACAAUCAUAAAAAGUAUACCAAUCCGAAGUGUUAAAAGUUGUUUAU